GAUGUAAGCAGGGUCACAGAUAGAACAAUGAUCUUUGGCAGGGUGAGUUAUAAAAAAUCUUUGGCUAAACUAAAGGCUAAAGCUAGAAAGUAACACACGAGUAAAGUGGGUUUCGCCGUCCUAAUGAGGAAUAAUAAGAUACAUACCUAUCAAUAACAUAGUGCUGGAGCGGCAUAGUUAUCUAUGUGGGUUGUGAUUAUGUAGAUAGCGAUGAAUGAAACAGGAUUUGAAUCACGACUGUCGCUGGACAUAUGAUGGCGACGGAGCUGAGACGCUUUUGGAAGCUGUUUGGGUCACUGAGACGUAUUUUUACUUUCUCACUUCUAUUUUUGUUUGUGCAUUGUCAUACGUGUAAACAUCAAGUCCCAUCUCUGUCGGAGGUUGUCCAUAAAGUAUAUCUGAAGUCGGAAAGAUUAUCCAAAAGAAGCUCUGAUCAACAAUUAAAGAUAAAAAUAAUUUAUGAUUCAAGUGUGGACAAGUUAACCUCAGAUAAAAGAAGACUUGUGAAGGAUAAACUUUUUCCACAAGCAAUUGAUUAUUUACAGAAGGUUUUUCAGGUUCGCCGGAAAUCAGGGCCUAUACUACUCAGCAGACAAUGUGUGACCAAUCAGUAUCUGAGGAAGAAAGAUGACCCUCACCGCUACUGCCAGGGAUCAUGUGCAGACAUCACAAAGUGUGGACCAGUCAUUGUUCCUGAGCAUCAUCUGCAGCAAUGCAAGGUGUGCAGUGAGACAGGGAGGUCGUGUGGCUCGGCAGGGCCUCCGGACGGGAAGGGGGUGGAAGGGGCUGAUUUUGUCCUCUACGUCAGCGGGGUGACUACAGAACGCUGUGGACAGGAGAACAUUGUGGCCUACGCUGCAUACUGUCAGCUGGAGUCUGAGCUGGACAGGCCCAUUGCUGGAUAUGCCAACCUGUGCCCCAAUAUGAUAUCCACCCAACCUCAGGAGUUUGAGAGCAUGCUGUCAACCGUCAAACACGAAAUCAUACAUGCCUUGGGUUUUUCAGCAGGGCUGUUUGCGUUUUAUCAUGAUUAUAAUGGCAAGCCAUUGACACCUCGGUUUGCAAGUGGACUACCAGCAUUCAACGAGAGUUUAGGCCUGUAUCAAUGGAGUGAUGCAGUGAUACGUAGAGUGACUCGAUUAUGGGACAUCCGUGGUGGAGUGAUGGUCCGUCAUGAAGUGCAUCUUCUAGUGACGCCGCGUGUUGUGGAGGAAGCGAGGAGACACUUUGGCUGUCCCAUUCUGGAGGGUAUGGAGCUGGAGAACCAGGGAGGGAUGGGUACUGAGCUGAACCACUGGGAGAAGAGGCUACUAGAGAACGAAGCAAUGACUGGAUCGCACACACAAAACAGAGUGUUUUCUAGGAUCACCUUGGCCAUCAUGGAAGACACAGGUUGGUACAGUGCCAACUACAGCAUGGCAGAGAGGCUGGACUGGGGCAAGGGCCUGGGCUGUGACUUUGUGAUGAAAAGCUGUAAGUUCUGGAUUGAAAGGCAACGUCAGAGUCGUAAAGUGGUGACCCCUUACUGUGACACGGUGCGGGCCACACCCCUCCAGCUAACCUGCAGGCAGGACCAGCUGGCUGUGGCUGUCUGCAACCUGCAGAAAUACCCUCAGGACCUACCCCUGGACUACCAGUACUUUGACCAUAUCCCUGAUGUCUCUGUGAGGGACAUUGCCUCCUACGGUGGAGCUGUGGAGAUCGCUGACUACUGUCCCUUCAGUCAGGAGUUCAGCUGGCACCUGAGUGGAGAGUACCAACGCAACUCCUACUGCAGGGUCCAGGAGAACCAACCCGAUUGGUGGAGGAACUAUGGAGCUGAGCAGUAUGGUCCAGACUCUGUGUGUUUGUACCAGAAGACAGCCUUCAUCAUGGAGCAGUGUACCAGGCGUAUGACCUACCCUGACUGGGGAAGUGGCUGUUAUAAGAUGUCUUGCUCUACCCAUGGUCUGACAGUAUGGGUGCAGGAUACUGAGUUUCAGUGUGUGCAUACCGGUCAGCUGCUGAGAGUUAGUGUGCGUGUUAAUGACUGGGUCUACAACGGGGUUCUCGUCUGUCCUGCCUGCUCAGACUUCUGUAGCGCCUGCCCUCUACCACAACAGCUGCCGCCCCUCAAUAGUACCAGGAGAGUUCCUAUUGACCCGUGCUCCAGUUCCUCCAGCUUAGUGGUAACUCUGUGGCUUCUAUUGUUAAACCUCAUCCCUCUGCUAGCUGGAUUUAUCCUUUGUGUGUUGAACUGACUGACUGACUGACUGUGUGGCUGACUGACUGACUGGUUGGAUGACUGACUCACUGACUGCAAGGUUCUCUGCCUGGGGCUGUGUACCAGAUGACACCCUAUUUCCUACAUAGUGCACAACUUUUGAUGGGCUGACUGGCUGGCUGGCUGGCUGGCUGGCUGGCUGGCUGGCUGGGGGUGGCUGGGUGGGUGGCUGACUGAUUGAAAGGUUCUUUGCCUGAGGCUGAGUCCCGGAUGACACCCUAUUCCCUACAUAGUGCACUACUUGUGAUGGACCUAUUGACUGGUUGGGUGGGUGGCUGGGUGGGUGGGUGGCUGACUGACUGACUGACUGACUGACUGAAAGGUUCUCUGCCUGGGGCUGUGUCUAUCAGCCCAGGUCAAAAGUAGUGCUCUAUAGGGAAUAGGAUUUGAUCCUUGGAAAAUCAUCAAGGAAAAGUCAGGAAAGUUGUUUAGGAAACAAUCACAUUAACCCCAUCAAAGUCAGGGAAAUGUGUGAUACUUUUGAAAAAAUGUUAUGUUGAUUCUUAAAAGAAAAUGCUGUGAAAAAUGUAUAUGUAUUAUACAUGCCUGAAAGAAGGAUUUGAACCACAAUACCUUAUCUGUCUAGUUUAAACACAUUUCUACAACCUAGAACUUAUUUUAAUGUUAGUUUUGGAACAGACAAGACAGUGGCCCAUUGUCAAUGACUGUUCAUGAAAUUGCUAGAUAUAAUCAAUGAAAACAAUACUAACCUUCGUCCUUUGAAAGUCUGAGGAUUGGAAAGGCAUUGAAAUUACAUUUGGAAAGUCAAUGUUCUCUAUACGUUCUUUCUCCUCUCUCUGAACAGUCUCCAAUCCCAGUCAUGGCACGGUUUGUGGCACAUUAAGACAGUCCCAAAUGGCAUCCUAUUUAAAGGGAAUAGGGCGCCAAUAGUGCACUAUAAAGGAAAUAGGGUGCCAUUUGGGAUGCACAUAGGGAGAACUCAAGAUUUCAGGUUCUCGAUGUCCUCCUGACACACUACUUUGCCCUUUAGGGCCACUGUACUCCAGACAGUACCAUCAGAAUACUGGAAAGGUGUGUGUGCCAAGUAAGGCUACUAUCAGAAAAGUGGAAAAAUAAGCCAUUGAUUGCACUUUUCUUUAUCGAAUUAAUGAAGGAGAUGCCAGUAAGCUGUAAGCAAAAUCAGAAGAAGCCAUACCUCAAGAGAGGCUAGCUGAUCACGGUGAGGUGCCAGUGCUUCUUUAUGAAUUACCACCUAUUCUAAAAUGAAUAGUUUAUUCCCCUCACCGGGACUGUAAAAUGAGGAUGUUCAGUUUCCUAGUGUUGUCGUGCAAGGUUUGCAACAUUCUCAGACCUUACAGUAAAUGAAUCACCUACAUUUUCAUCAAGCCCUUUUUCAGUUAACAUUUUUAUGACAUGUUGUCCAAUGAUUCAACACCACUCAAUGUAACAAUGCAGUAUUUCAAUUCAUUUUUUACAGCAGAUUGUUGUUAACGUGUAGUUCUUUCCUGGUGAAAGCUCCAUAUCUAGUAAACUGGUAUUUUUAUUUUUAUUUUAUUUAACUAGGCAAGUCAGUUAUGAACAAAUUCUUAUUUAUAAUGGCGGCCUACCAAAAGGCAAAAGGCCUCCUGCGGGGACAGGGGCUGGGAUUAAAAAAAUAAAAAUAAAUAUAGGACAAAACACACAUCACGACAAGAGAGACAACACAACACUACAUAAAGAGAGACCUUAGACAACA